AUGGCAGGGCAUAGCAGCAUGGUGAGUUUACUAUUAAUGGUUAUAAUAUUGGCAACUAUGGCUUUAACCAGCAAAGCCCAACCUCCGACGGCCAUGGUGCCUGCCCUCGCGCCAGCCUCAGCAUUGCCACCAGCUAAGGUGUUUAGUCUGGCAUUACUUUUUCUUAACAUUUCCCAGCCAGAUUUAACUCCAACUCCACCAACGCCGGUGCCUCCUCCUCCUCCAACUCCAAGGUCGAUGCCCCCUCCACCUCCAUCGCCAACCAUGGAACCACCUGAAGAUGAUUCCCCUCCUCCUUUAGAGAAUCCAUCAUCAUCAGAUGGUAUUAUCAAUGAAAACCCACCUUUAGAGGCUCCAUCGCCGUCAGAUGACUCGGAUGGUAAUAUCAACGACAAUCCACAACCAUCUCCGCCCCUUCCACCGGAUGAGGGGACUGAUCCAUUGCCAGAUCCUACACUCGCUCCAAAUCCACCACCAUCACCGCCACCACCACCACCAACAGUUACUGAUCCGGAAGAGGAUGCUACACCGAUGCCACCAUCAGAAGAAUAG